AUGUGUUCCCUUAAGUAUUUCAUAUUUUCCCUAAUAUGGAUAUUUCUAUACAAUGAAAAUGUAAAGGAUAAUUCUUUUUUAAUGAAUCAUAAAAGAGAAUAUAAUGUUCCCAACGGACGUAUUUUAAGAUUGGAUACUCCUGAACCUUGGGGGGACUCCGAAACAUAUGAAGUCGUAACUAAAGAUAAGCAUGGCAAUUUAAUUACUACUGUUUUUAAUAAAAAUGCUGAAGCAUUAUAUUUUUAUAUAAAUAAAAAAAAACCAAAAGAAAAGAAUUCAAGCAAAGCAAAAAAUUCAAAAAUGAGAAAAAAAGGAAAGAAUAAUUAA